UUAUGUUUGAAUUGCCAGAUGCAGAGAGCUUUGGGAAUGGACAUGACCACUGCACCUCGCUCCAAAAGCCAGCAGCAGCUGCAUUCCUCUUCACUUUCUCCAUCCCACUCCCCAGCCAAACAUCCCCAGCCUCCAUCCCUGGGAAUGACAGGACAAGAGAAACCCCCAGGAACUGUGCAGCCAGGCAUUAGGCAUGGUGCUGGUGUUCUGCAAUCAGAGUCACCAAAACCACCCCCAGCUACAACACAGAGGGAACAAUACACCCAAGGCCAGCCAAAACCUGCUGCACCUCAGGAAGUGGUGAGGUCUUCCCCUCAGCAUCAAGCAAAGCCUUCCUCCUGUGACCAGAGACAGACUAUGGGAGACUCCCCAGUAAAGACUUCAGCACCCCCCCACAGUGCUGCAGCACAAGAGCAACCCCAAGAGGGCCUCACAGGAAAGCUCUUCGGGUUUGGGGCUUCUCUUUUGACCCAGGCAAGCACACUCAUGUCCGUCCAGCCAGAGGUCACCCUGCAAAGUCAGCAGUCCCCUGGCAAAGUGCCUCCAAAAAUUGUCUUCAGUGAUUCCAGCAAAGAAGCUGGACUCAGAGCCUCAAGUGCUGCAUCUGGAGCACAGAGUAGGGCUACAAAGCAAGGAAAAGCAGAACAAGUCAUCAAGCCAAAGGAAGUGCCGAAGGAAAGGGUCUUGUGCCCCCUCUGCAAAUCAGAGAUCAAUGUGGGCUCCGGGAAACCCUCCAACUAUAAUACCUGUACGACCUGUAAACAGCAGGUCUGCAACAUGUGUGGAUUCAACCCAACACCUCAUCUUGUGGAGACCUCCAAGUUCUCAGGCAAAUUUCUUCAACUCUCCAUAGCGUAG